UUGUCUGCACGAAAGACAUAUCUCCGCACUAUGAAUGAAUUCGAGUUAUUCCUCAAUUCCACGUCGAUUCUCAUAGUGUAGAUUCAUGCUGGAGAGCUUUCAUAAACAUUGCAACCUUCUUAGGUGUGUGUGUGUGAGAGAGAGCGAAUAGCGAGAGAGCGAGAGGAGUGAGAGCACGUUUGCCAUAGUUGCUGAAGAGUGCGACAGGCGAACAAUUCUGUGCCAAAUGGACGACCCCUUGUGAGAUCGAGUGUUGCGUCUCGUUACCUGAGCCCUUCUCAUGACGCGGUCGCUGUAGUUAAUGAAGAUUUCGGGAACUUCAUCAGGACGGAGUAGUGUGAAUGUUUUCUAAUUGGUUUGGUAGAGGCGACGGGAGCUUCUUGAAUUGCCGGAGUUUUCAAGACGCGGUGUAGCAGGGGUAUCUAGCUUUUGGAAUUCAGCGCCGCGGUUUUCGUUUUUCACUGAGAUGGAUUUUUCCAUUGUUCCGUUCUACAUUUGGAUGAUCAGGGUUUUAACUCUGCCUGCAACAACAUAUCCUUUGCAUGUUACCAGAUAGUAUACAACCUGGUUGUGAGCUGAAGAAUGUGUCUAAUGUUCAUGACUUUGUGGCCUGGAUAAUAUCUUCAUAUUGCCGCGCGACUUUGCUAUGUGACCCUGUUGCAAAUCUGUUUAUAUUGUUUAUCCGGAGGAUAUUAUGUUGUCAAAUUUAAUCUAUCUUGGAGAACAUUAAUCCGCGUAUUCCAUGAACUCUCUUAACUGAUAAGAUUUGUGGAACCUGAUUGUUUAUUUAUAAUGAAACGGAGCGUGGUUCAGCAUAAUUUAAGUGUUUCUUGUGCUUUUUAAGAGCGAUACUGUAGAAUGGAAGCUCGACAUCGUUGUAGCUCAGGGUUCAACUGAUUAAUAUGUUUAGGACCAGAACUUAAUCAAAGUCUUCUAAAACUGUUUCCGGUACCGUUGGAAUAUGUCCAGGUGGUCCGGCAAGAAUCAUUGACGUCCCAUCUGGCUCCGGCACGAUGUCCCCUCUCAGGCAAUCCUGGGCAACUGUUGAGGAGGCAGUUUGCACAGACUCUGCAAUCUGGAUAUCAAAACUUUCAAGCACCCCACAAUCAGAAGAAUACCAAGACUUAAUCCAUGCGAUUUCUAUUCCGCCAGUAUCCAAAGGCCAUGUCACCAUAAAGAUUGGAAAGCUUUUUUGGGAAUUGUCUCCUCCCUCAGGAUACAUUGCGUGUUGCGAAAAGAAGGAUGACUGGGAGCUUGUGCCUUAUUCUGGAUUUCAAGUCGCACUUCUCCUUUCAAAUCGGACCCGUCGUCUUCAGGUUUGGCCCUGCAGUGAGCAAGUGCAGCUACUUAGGACUAAGGCCCUUUUGCCUUCGUCGUUGGAGAAUCUGGGUCUGAGUGAGAAAAAAUCCCUUGGCCGGGAAGGGUCAAUCAAUCUUGAUAUUGACGAUGACCUCAACAAUUUUCUCGUAGAAUUUUUUGACCCACAAGUGAUGUGUGCUGUUACUCUGGAGGCAGGAACAUCAACUUCGUCUGCUCCUUGGCGAACAAUCUCAUCGAAGAAGCAUGCCGAGUUGAUAGGAAAGGCAUUUGGUGCACCGUUUCUUAGUUGUGUCAAGGGGUUAGAGGAUGCAAACAGCAUUUCAGAUGUGUUGGACGCGAUUCUCGCGUUUAGUGCCGCAUACGUCUCCCAAGAACAAAUUCUUCGACGAGUUGGGGAAGAAUCUGAUUGUGAAGACGGAUACUUCCAAAACCGACAGGUUUUUGAUUGUGGUCAGUCAAAGAGAAACGACAAGAAAUGGUUGCGGCGACAAGUAAAUUGUGCGGGAAGUAAAUGCCAGGCAGCUGCUGAGUCAAUAUCAGAGGUUGCUAAAGCCGGCGCAAGAAUGCUGUCGGGGGAUAAACUCAACAGCGAAGCUGAAGAAAAAGCAGAAGUUAACACUAGCAUCUCGAACAUGGAUGAGGGUUAUGAGGUGAAUUCAAAUUUCAAACCAGAGAAUUUGAAGUAUCAUCCACUCAAUUGGGAUGAUGUGCCAGAGUCCUCGGAAGCUGGACAUUCUGUCAAUUUAGAAUGUCCUGGAUCUGAUUUUGCUAUCAGGUUAGACGGCAUCUUACCAGAAUGUGACGGAAAUGUCACCGAUGACUCGGAUAACUACACCAAUUCCUGGUGCAAGUUAUCACGAGUAGUGGGUAGUUGUGGGCAAAGUGAUUUAGGAGGCGAUUCAUGUUCUGAGAGCAGCUGGGAAAUUGUGCGAUCACAAAAGAAUGAAUCAAAUGUGGAAGAUGACGCCUAUGAUCUUGGUGCUGAAAUUUCAGACGCAGAGUGUUUGGGAAAAAAGCUGGAAAAUCUGGAUCCAUUUGGAAAACACGAAUUCAUCAAUGAUUUUCUGAAUUUGAACGUAAACUCUCCAGAAUCUUCCUCCUCAUCAGACCAGCAUGUCUUUGAGCGCUUAGCAAGCAUCUCAUCUUCAAAUUCGUCAAAUUGGACUGAUUACGAGAUUAACCCAUCAGCUUCAUCUAUGAACAAGAUGCGAACAGCGAAACUUCAAACUGUUACCGAGGAGCAUCCAAUCGACCGGGAAAUUUCUCGCCUGUCUCGCAAUUUUCUCCGUCAAUCAGUUUUGGAGGGGAAUGUUCUCCAGUGGUGCUCAUGUAAAUUCAGUGAAUCAAGCUGCAGCGUAAUUGAGUUGAAAUUUCUAGUGGGCUCUUUCAUGGAAGAGGAUAUUGCUACCUUAUCAAUUGGUAUCUCUCGCGCAUCACCACUCUAUGUGAAGAUCUUCCUUGGCGCAAACAACUUUCGUGAAAAUCUCCUUAAAGGCGAUGUGCGAAUCACUGUCGAUCAGGGUGCGCCUUUUUGUUCCGGAGUGACCUGGAAGGGUAAAGUCGCCGUUGAAACUCCUGUAGUUGGUCUGUCGUGUUACAUACCUCAUCUAGUGCGGCAUUAUCUGAAGCAAGACGUACAGGAGCGAUUCAUUAGAGGAUACGAAUUUUCAGAUGGUGAGGUCUUAACAGGCUUGAUGACGUACGUGGUUGCACAGUUAGUGUUCAUGAAAGAGACUUGUUGCAUAUGCAACCACCAAACACAACCAGAAGAGCUGACUUCAAUUGUUCCAAGAACUUGCGAGAAGCCCAUCUGCCAAGCCCUUUACAAUGCGUGGAUAGCUGUAGCCCCUCCGAUGGUGUUGGAACUUUCCCACGUUCAGGAUUGGUUGAAGGCUUGUUUCGAUGAGAGAGCUCUGGAUGUUGUAAGUAGGUACUAUUACGUGUCAGGUGGGGAUGAUUACAAGUAUCGCAGUUAUAACGGAAAAAUCGAAAGAGUUGCAAAAUGGCUUGCUGAAAAAACCUGCGGUUCUUGGCUCAAGGUGAACAUCCCAAAGCCCCUGGAGGAGACCAAUGAAGAGGGCGAGACCAGCUCUGGAAAGCACACGAGGCUAACCAAGAAGAGGAGAACUUGCCAAUACGAAAACAGCCCGCUGUCGAUGAACCAGUUCUUUGCGUUUGAUAUUGAAAAGAGUUCGGGAGAACAUUCUUGAGAAGUAGUGGUAAAAACUCAUCGUACUGAGUCUGACGUUGCUGAAAAGAAGCAGACUGACUUUUCCUCCUGCGGAAGACAAUCUUGCAGUGUCGAUUCUCAUCUGUUGAAAUUAUGGCGAAUUAGUGACCGGGAAAAGCAUGCGGGUCGCAACUUGUGCGAGCAAUGGAGGAUUGAGGAUUUCAGAUUUGAGUUAUAGCUAGAAGAAGACGGCUCACAAUUACUCUGUAAAUACAUCCAAAAUCUGCUAGAUUUCUUUUUUUCUUGUUUUUUUUCCCAUUAUAUUUGUCAGAGCUUGAAUGCCUGUUUCAUACGCGAUCUUACUAGAUUUCAUGGUAAAGAUUAUUUACAGAAAGGAUUUCUGGUCCUUGGUAGUAUUGCUAAUUAUUUCAAAUAGAAAACAUGGUUUUGUGUUAGGUCGUUCUAGGCAAUGAAAAGUCGAGUAUUAUCAGCUAUUGACCCAGUCCUCCUUUCAGGCCACUCUCAAACAGAAAGUCGAUGUUUCAUAUCCAAGCUCAUUUAAAACUGGUUGAAAAUCGGUAAGGAGCUGAUGGAUAUUUUCAACGAAACAUACAUUUCGUACCUUGUGGCAA